AUUUCCUCUGUUUUUUUUUUUUCAAGAACUUUUUAAGUGGGAGUUCAUAGCCUGUUUGCAGAAGCAGAAAUCUUCAAAAUUCACUCGGUACAUAUGACAAGACACCUUCUCUCUCUCUCUCUCUCUCUCUCUCUCUCUCUCCACAAAACUCAGAAUACACAAAGAACAAGCAGAGCAAUAAUUGGCCCAAAACAACAACAUAUUUCAAGCUAGUCAAUCAAACCCUAUGAAACCAUGUUGGGUCUCAGAGAUAUCCUCCUCAUUGCUCCAACUCCUUCUUCCAUGCACCAACAGAACCAACCCAUUUCCUCUGACCUUCCCCUGCCUUCAUCCACCACCCUUGGUGUUGGCCUUGGCAUUUUCCCUCUUCUCACUGCCACCCCAUGUGCUCCACAUGCACCUACAACGGCUGAGGUUAAUUCUGACAAUUCACAUUUUUGGGGCCUCAGGAGAUGCCAAGAAUUGAACCUUUCUAAGCAAGACAUGCUGAAUUUUGGCAACCAUGGUGCUCAAAAUGAACAGGUUGUGGAAUGUGAAGGUCAUAAUAAUAAUAAUGAAAAUGAAGGUGGUGGUGGUGGUGGUGAGAGGUCUAAGAUGAAGGCUUGCAAGGACUGUGGAAACAAGGCAAAGAAGGGUUGUGAGUACGGGAGGUGCAGGACUUGUUGCAGAGGACGCGGCUAUGACUGCUCUACUCACGUGAAGAGCACCUGGGUCCCCGCGGCGAGGCGGCGAGAGCGGCAGAUGGGGGUGACGGUUGCUGUUCCUGGUGUUGGUGGUGGUGGUGGUGGUGGUGAAGGUUCUUCUGGGUCUUCUUCUGUUGCCAAAAGACCAAGAGUUGUGGUGCCAUCACAGAAUGCAAAUGCUAAUAUCAAACAGUCGUUACCAGAUAAAGUUCGUGCACCAGCAGUUUUCAGGUGCCACAGAGUCACUGCCAUCAGUAAUGGUGCAGCUGAGUUAGCCUAUCAAGCGACAGUGAAAAUUAGCGGGCAUGUAUUCCAGGGGCUGCUUUAUGAUCAUGGGGUUGAUAAGAACAAUGCAUUCCCAUGUAUUUCACCAUCACACUUGGAAACUGAUACAAACCAAAGGAAUGGAGACUCUGCUUCUACUCCACCUCUUCCUCCAGCAACUGCCUGUCUGACUUCCACCAGCUGAGGAUUGCUGACAGAAACCAUUUGUGCUACUCUUUGAUGCUUGAAGCACCACCAGCUACAUCCUUCGUUCUGCUACGAUUUAGUAUAAAUAUAGAAGGCACAUAUGGUUCAGAUUUGCUCAAACACCCGGCAGUCCAUUUCUUGGCUGUUAGAACUUUGAUAGUGUUGAUAGCUUUUAUGUAAUUACCUAAAAAGAAAGUAGUUUUUAAUGUAAAUCGCCCACCAUUUUGAUUUGGCUAUCAAACUUGCUAAUGU